GCGGAGAAUGAUUCGUAGAGGAGGGUCAGGAGAGAGCAGUUCUGUCCGUGAAAGCCCACUUAAAAGGCUGCACUCUUCUUCGAGGAAGGGAGAGGCGGAAAAGCGAGCAGGCCCGUGGGCCUGACCCCGCCUCUGGCCGCUCGGCAGGCCUCUAGCGAGUCCCGGGCCUGGUCGGGGGCGGCCUCGAGGCUCCGGUUGCUGGGGGAAUGGUGACGUCGCGGGGUGAAAGUUGAGGGGCGGUGACGUCGGGCCUGGCCGGGCGGAGGCUGGCGGGUUGGAGGCAGGAGGGAGGGAGGGAAGGAGGGAAGGAAGGAAGCUGGGAAGGAGCGAGCGAGCGGGGGCGCGAGGCGUUUACCUGGAGGCAGCGGCUUGGGCGCGCAGAGCGGCCGCGGCUCCCCCGCACCUGCGGCCAUGGAUGAAGAGCGCGCCCUCUACAUCGUCCGGGCCGGCGAGGCGGGGGCUAUCGAGCGGGUUCUGAGGGAUUACAGCGAUAAGCAUAGGGCUACUUUCAAAUUUGAACCAACAGAUGAAGAUAAAAGAAAGAAACUCUGUGAAGGCAUAUUUAAAGUCCUUGUGAAGGACAUCCCAACAACAUGUCAAGUGUCCUGUCUGGAAGUUCUCCGCAUUCUCUCCAGAGACAAAAAGAUUUUAGUUCCUGUAACAACCAAGGAAAAUAUGCAGAUACUGCUGCGACUAGCGAAGCUAAAUGACUCAGAUGAUUCUUUGGAGAAGGUGUCAGAGUUCCCAGUUAUUGUGGAGUCAUUAAAAUGUCUGUGUAACAUUGUGUUCAACAGUCAGAUGGCACAGCAGCUCAGUCUGGAACUUAACCUUGCUGCCAAGCUCUGUAACCUCCUGAGAAAGUGCAAGGACCGAAAGUUUAUCAGUGACAUUAAGUGCUUUGACUUGCGCUUGCUCUUCCUCCUGUCACUUUUGCACACUGACAUCAGGUCACAAUUGCGCUAUGAGCUCCAGGGACUACCGCUGCUAACCCAGAUCUUGGAAAGUGCCUUUAGCAUCAAGUGGACCGAUGAGUAUGAAUCGGCCAUAGACCAUAAUGGACCUCCUCUCUCACCUCAGGAGACAGACUGUGCCAUUGAGGCCCUCAAAGCUCUCUUCAAUGUGACAGUAGACAGUUGGAAGGUGCAUAAAGAGAGUGAUUCUCAUCAGUUCCGUGUCAUGGCAGCUGUCCUUCGCCAUUGUUUACUAAUUGUAGGUCCAACCGAAGACAAAACUGAAGAGCUGCACAGCAACGCAGUCAACCUUUUAAGCAACGUUCCGGUCUCUUGUUUGGAUGUUCUCAUUUGUCCAUUAACCCACGAAGAAACAGCCCAAGAGGCAACGACUCUAGAUGAACUGCCCAGUGAUAAGACGUCUGAGAAAGAAACAGUUUUGAAAAACAAUACGAUGGUGUACAAUGGUAUGAAUAUGGAGGCCAUUCAUGUUUUACUCAAUUUUAUGGAGAAGAGAAUAGACAAGGGAAGCAGCUAUAGAGAGGGCUUAACGCCAGUUCUCAGCUUAUUAACAGAAUGUUCCCGAGCCCAUCGAAACAUCAGAAAAUUUCUCAAAGAUCAGGUUUUACCACCACUGAGGGAUGUGACAAAUCGACCUGAAGUCGGCUCAACUGUGAGAAAUAAGCUGGUGCGCCUCAUGACACAUGUUGACCUUGGAGUCAAACAAAUUGCUGCUGAAUUCCUUUUUGUCCUUUGUAAGGAGAGAGUGGAUAGCCUGCUGAAAUACACUGGCUAUGGGAACGCUGCAGGACUGUUGGCGGCCAGGGGCCUCUUGGCUGGAGGAAGAGGAGAUAAUUGGUACUCAGAGGACGAGGACACAGACACUGAAGAAUACAAAAAUGCAAAACCAAAAGAGGAGUUGCUCAAGCCAAUGGGACUGAAACCCGACGGCACAAUAACGCCUUUGGAGGAAGCACUCAGCCAGUACUCCGUCAUCGAGGAGACCAGCUCGGACACGGACUGAAAGCGUCACCUGCUCGGCUCUCAGUAUUGCUUUUAUCAGCGUCUUUUCUCUGUAGCUCCAGGGGAAUCUUUUCUCUCAAACAUUUAUGCCCUUGCUUUGGCUAGAAACACAUUAACUGGUUUACUCAUUGAGAAUCCAGCAUAUUGAAGAGGUGACCUGUGUUUUUGCGACACUGAGGCAUUCAAACAGAGCUGCAGUUGGACGGAGUUGCCGGGGCUGGCAGCGCAGGAUAAUGCCACCGCGUCGGGGCGGGACUGAAGGACGUCACUCUUCACGGCGGCCCGGGCCGAGUCCGGCAGACCCCUUCGCCAAGAUUCUUCGCAGAAGACUUAGCUGCGUCCUUCCAGUCACUUGUGUGAGCCGCCCCUUCUGAAUCUCUCCGGCAGGCGGAGGCGCGCGAGAAGCAGAACGAGCUGCUGAAUAAGGGCUGAGGCAAGUGACUUGUCAGACCAGGACCGACUACAGGGAAGCCGAGCAGCUGCUCCGUGAACCUAGCCCCACUCUUCAUUUCAGUUUUGUAUAAAUAAAUAGAAAUGCGCGUGCGCGCACACACACACACACAGCCCCAGACUUGCAAACUGAUUACCCUCUAAAAGUUUGUACGUCACUGAUCUAGAACUUCAGAAUACAUUUCUCCCUAUAAAGAGCUAUGAAUGAUGGUUUAGUUCUGAGGCAGCUACAAAUGCCUAUUUAUUCCCUCACGUACCUGAACACUAGUACCGUAGAACUGAACCCCCAUCUGUACCGUUGCAUGGGGAGCAUGCAUUCUGAGGUCUCACUCGGGGUGCCAGGAACACACGUCCUCCAGCCCAGCAGGGGGAACAGGGACUCCCGAGCACCGGGAGUCCUUCUGUGGCCCCUGCCGGGGCUGGGAGGGUCAGCAGCACCCUUUUGUACAUACAGGUCAUUCCUACAUCACGUUUUAAAUUGGGGGCUGUGUGUGUGCCAGUGUGUGCGUGUUCUACCUUUCUACCACGUGAUCAGUUUAAUGGUAACCUUAUUUAUUUAAAAGAGAAGAAACACAAAUAGUUACUGUUAAACUGAUUAAGGCUGUUUAUUUUUACUUUUAAAAUUGGUCAUAUGAAGAAGUAGAAAAUGAAUCAGUGAGCCUAGUUAAUCAGUGGCUAAAGUUGAAAAGGGGUUGGUUUCCUUUUAUAUAUGUAUGUAUGUUUGUAUACAUACAUAUAUACACAUAGAUAAUGUGCUUAACCACUGCCUUUUAAAACUUUAAAUUAAAUAAAACAUUGGGGUUGAUUCAAUUUAGCCAUCUGUGUGUCUUUCUUUACAGAUACAUGGGAUGAACAACACUAUUUCACAGUUCAUGCUUUUUUCAAGUGCUUUUACAUCCAUUGUCUCACCAUAGUAGCCUUUUGAAAGACAGGUACAUGGAAUGUAAGCGAAAAGUAUCAUUUAUCCAGAAGUCACUUCUCUGGCAAAACAACAAAUCAGGAGUUGUUUUUAAAUGCCUUUGAACUGCCAGAAGAAAUGUCAAGCAUUUCUUGCAGUUUACUCCUCACAGGAGAAAGCCUCGAGAAUUUCUUUUCGCCCCUGUACUAAAAUUUGCAUACAUUUCGAACGCGUUUAGUUCUCUGGCUUUCGGGCCCACAGAAACAUAGCGAAGGAGGAGCGCUGGCUGGAAGGCAGGCCUGCCGGGACCUGGACGGGAAGUGGCGCAAGUGAACGCACGGCUCCAGGGGUCGCAAGUCCCGGCAGCCUGCUUCCCAGGGGACACUCCUGUUGCCCUAGAAAGCAUCUGUGUGACAGCGUGGCCCAGGGCUAAUUCUCAUAGUGAUAACCGUGACUUUCUUCAAAAGAAAACAAAUCCAGAACACUAUUAACAAAACCGGGAAGAAUACAGUUGCGUUCUUGGAUUUCCAUCCAAAACAGUUGGAAGUAGAAGUUGGUGGUUGACUCGUGUUUUGACAGCGGAAAAUAAAAUGAAACUUGGCAGUUUAUAGUUCUAGAUCAAGUGAAAAAAGCGUAGAGAAGAGGAAUUUAAGUAUUUUUAUUACUUCGUUCUGCAAGUGCAGUUUUAAAGUAUUUUUGUAAUUUCUACAACCCAGUAGCUGUGGCGUGAGUGUCGGCACCCCCCCCCCCCCCCCCAACGCAGACGUGUCUAAGGAAACGGCCUGACUCCCGCGGAGCCGGUGCUCGAACAGUCCUGUUGAAGUAGCUGCGCGCUCGUGCUUUCCAAGGGUCCGGCUUCCUUUCCAGUUUCCCUGCGCUGGGCACUAAGCUUUGAUGUUGAUGAAAGAAUUUGCGGGGGGAGAGGUUCAGGGUGACCUCACCCUGCCCACGGAAAGAGAGCUGACGUCUGUUGCAUGCUUACUGCAUGCUGGGUUGUCCAUGUAUGUUAGCUCAUGUAACCACAUCACAUGUCAGAGAUCAUCUCCGGAAAGCGCGUUACCCAGCGCCACACGGCAAGUCCGUCCAACUCCAGCUAGCGUGGCCCCUAACCACUCUCCUCCCCCUUCAGCACACUGCCCACCUUGGGUCCACCUUGCCUCCUUAUGACUCUGGAAUGCUGGAAGAGUGGUAAUUCUCAGGCCAUUUAAAGCAAUAACUAUUUCAGCAGAACCAGAUUAAAGAACUUCAUAAGUGGGAGGUGACCUGGCGUCGACGUGUGAGUGGGAAGCGUGCAGUAGUGCGUCUCGGGCAAGGGCCUGGAGUCCUUGAGGUCAGAGGCCGCACGCUCUCUGCGGACAUCUGCCUGGCCUGCUGGCCUGCGUGGGGAUGCCGAGAGUGCUCCGGCCCACCACACUCGACGGGCCCGUGUCCCAUCAUCCUUCCUGACCUUUGAAAUGGUGUGGAGGGAUGUGUCCUAAAGGGGGCGCUUGAGCUGCUGCUUGGGAGUAACAAUCAACAGACACCUGAGACCCUUUUACAUGCCCAGUGGUCCUGGGAGGCGGGCAGGACAGACGUCAUCCCUCCUUGACACACGAGGACACUGGCUGACGAGGUACAAGUACUAGGUAACCCCUGACCACCGCGCUGGUCUUGCCCCCUCCUAGUCCUGGGGGUCACCUGCAUUGACUUCCUGCCCCACCCCCCCUCGAUGAUACAAGUAAUAUAUGUUCAUUGUGAAAAGUUUGGAAAAAUGCAGAAAAUAAUUAAAAAAAAAAUAAUUCACCCCAAACCCCACCACCCUGAGAGAAAUCACUGUUAAUGUUUUAGUGUGUUUCUGUCCUGUGUUUUUUCUAUGCAUAUAUAAUUUAUUUUACUACAAGAUGGGAAUCAUGCUGUAUUUACAGAUUUGUAUCCUGCUGUUCUUUAAUAUAUUGUGAGCAUUUUCCCAUGUCAAUAAAUAUUCUUCAAAAA